UUUUCCUUUAUCCUUCUCUUUUCUACUCUCCAAAAGGCCAACAAACACAAGCCACUACUUGCAUCAUGUCGGCUGAGGACGUUUUCGAAGGUGCCAUUGGUAUCGACCUUGGUACUACUUACUCUUGUGUCGGUGUUAUGUCUCAUGAGCGUGUCGAGAUCAUCGCCAAUGACCAAGGUAACAGAACCACACCAUCUUACGUCGCCUUCAGCGAAGGCGAGCGUCUUAUCGGAGAUGCUGCCAAAAAUCAGUCCGCCAUGAACCCCCGUAACACCGUCUUCGAUGCCAAACGUCUCAUUGGUCGGCGGUUCGAUGACCCCGACGUCAAGAAAGACAUGAAGCACUGGCCUUUCACCGUCAUCGACAAGGACGGCUCACCUUAUAUUCAAGUCGAGUACCUCGGCGAGACCAAGCAAUUUUCACCUCAAGAGAUCUCGGCUAUGGUCCUCAUGAAGAUGAAGGAGAUUGCGGAAGCCAAGUUGGGUAAGACCGUCACCAAGGCUGUCAUCACCGUCCCCGCCUACUUCAACGACUCACAGCGUCUGGCAACCAAGGACGCUGGUGCCAUCGCUGGUCUUGAGGUCUUGCGUAUCAUCAAUGAGCCCACUGCUGCUGCCAUCGCCUACGGCCUUGACGAUACUUCCACGGAGGAGCGUACCGUGCUCAUCUUCGACCUUGGAGGUGGUACCUUUGACGUGUCACUCCUUACCAUCCACGGCAAGGUGUUCUCGGUCAAGGCUACGGCUGGUGACACACAUCUCGGUGGCGAAGACUUUGACAACACGUUGCUCGAGCACUUCAAAGCCGAGUUCAAGCGCAAAACCAAGCACGACAUCUCUGAUGACCCCCGUGCCAUGCGUCGUCUCCGAUCAGCUUGCGAGCGUGCCAAGCGUACCCUCUCCUCAGUUUCUCAAACUAUGGUCGAAGUUGAUUCUUUGUACGCCAGCACCGACUUCUCCGCAAGUAUCACCCGUGCUCGUUUCGAAGAAAUCAAUGCCGCUGCUUUCAAAUCCACCCUUGAGCCCGUUGAAAAAGUCCUCAAAGACUCCAAGAUUGCUGCCGGCAAGGUCGACGACAUUGUUCUUGUAGGCGGUUCUACUCGUAUCCCCAAAAUUCAGUCCCUCGUUUCCGAGUUCUUUGGAGGUCGCCAACUGAACAAAUCCAUCAAUCCAGAUGAGGCCGUCGCUCACGGUGCCGCCGUUCAAGCCGCCGUGCUCACCGGUCAGAGCUCGGACAAGACUGCCGACUUGCUCCUCCUCGACGUCGCCCCGCUGUCUCUGGGUGUUGCCAUGCAGGGUGACAUCUUCGGUGUUGUCCUUCCCCGUAACACCGCCAUUCCCGCCAACAAAUCUCGAGUCUUCACCACGGUCGAGGAUAAUCAAACCACCGUCAUGUUCCCAGUCUACGAGGGUGAGCGAACGCAAUGCAAGGACAACCGACUUUUAGGCGAGUUCGAGCUUUCCGGAAUCCCUCCCAUGCCAAGAGGUCAAGCCGAGCUUGUGUGCACUUUUGAAGUUGACGCCAAUGGUCUGCUCAAGGUGUCUGCUCAGGACCGAGCCUCCGGUCGCAAGGCCCAAAUUUCUAUUCAAAACUCUGUCGGUCGAUUGUCAUCCGAAGAGAUCUCUGCCAUGAUCAAGGACGCAGAACAGUUCAAAAACGCCGACAAGGACUUUUCGGCCCGACACGAAGCUAGGAAUGAACUCGAGGCGUAUCUGCACACCUGCGAGCAGUCAAUCUCGGCGCCCGAACUAGCCUCGAAGAUGAAGCGCGGUGCUCGCGGUGCCGUCGAGGCUGAAAUCGCCAAGGCGCUGGAGAAGUUGGAGCAGGAGGAUGCGAGCGCGGAUGAGCUCAAGAAGGCACAGUUGGGCGUCAAGAGGGCCAUGCAAAAGGCCAUGGCAUCUGCCAGAUAGGAGAUAUCUCUUGCGCAUAGUCAUUUCAUUGUACAGGAAGCAUCUGAGAUGAGAUGGGAUUGUUCAUUGUGCAUACAGAUCUUUGGUCAUGGUGC